AUGGAGGGAGGUGGGCGCAGAUCGGUGACACCCGCGGGGGUUGCUGCUGACCCUGGGAGCUUCCGACGACCGCAGGCGCGAUGGCGGCGGCGACAGCAGCAGCAGCAACAGAAGAAGAAGCUGCUGCCCCGGGGGAAGCAGCCCUCAGCCCCGCAGCCGGGGCAGCGCAGCUUCCCUGAUUCUGCUUUAUGCUUUACAUGGGACGGGUGUCACUCCUAUGUUUUCCUAAUCAGCAAAGAAAAGAAGAAAGUAAAUUGCAAGCCCAAGAACCAGGACGAACAGGAAAUCCCUUUCCGACUCCGAGAGAUUAUGAAGAGCCGCCAGGAGAUGAAAAACCUGACCAGUAACAAGAAGAGGAAGAAAGAGGCCCAGGUGGCCUUUCAGAAGACAUUGGAGAAGGAAGCAAAGGGAAUGGAGCCCGACAUCGCCGUCCCCAAGUUCAAGCAGUGGAAGGGCGAGGCCACUGGUGCCUAUAUCCAGCGCAUGGAGCAGGAGGCCCAGCAUGUGUUGUUCCUCAGCAAGAACCAGGCCACCCGGCAGCCCGAAGCACAGGCAGCUCCCAAGAAGAAGUCUGAGGGGAAGAAAGCGUUCCAGAAGCGGCGAAUGGAUAAAAUCCGGCGGAAAAAGGAGGAAAAGGCAGCAGAAAGGCUAGAGCAGGAGCUGCUCCAAGACACAGUGAAGUUUGGUGAGGUUGUCUUACAGCCCCCAGAGCUGACCGCCAAGCCUAGGAGGAGCAUAAGCAGGGACCAGCCUGGCAAGAAAUCACUAAUGCUGAGGGAGCUUUUGAGCCCUUGUGAUGUGUCCCAGCCUCUGACCACAUCACUGGCCCGUCAGCGGAUUGUGGAAGAAGAGAGAGAGCGGGCUAUAAAGGCCUACCGAGCACUCAAGAAACUGAAGCAGCAGCGGCAGGGGGUGCUGCUGACAUAG